AUGUCUGAGCAGCACAUUGAAGAUGAUGAUGAGGGAUUUGCCGGUCCAUUAUUGAUUGAACGUCUUGAGGGUAAUGGUAUCUCUGCCGGAGAUAUCAAGAAGUUGAAGAUGGAAGGAUACCACACGGUGGAAAGCUUGGCUUACGCGCCUAAGAAGGCGUUGCUUACAGUAAAGGGUAUUUCGGAGGCAAAAGCCGAUAGAAUCAGUCAAGAGGCAUCGAAACUAGUGCCCAUGGGUUUCACGACAGCUUCAGAAUUCCACAGCCGAAGAGCAGAGUUGAUUUGCUUAACUACGGGCUCCAAACAGUUGGAUACAUUACUUGGAGGAGGUGUUGAAACUGGAUCCAUUACUGAAGUUUUUGGCGAGUUCAGAACUGGAAAGUCACAGUUGUGCCAUACUUUGGCUGUCACAUGUCAGUUACCUAUUGACAUGGGUGGAGGUGAAGGCAAAUGUUUGUACAUUGAUACAGAGGGAACAUUCAGACCUGUGCGGUUGGUAUCUAUAGCCCAACGUUACGGACUUAAUCCGGAUGACUGCCUUGAUAAUGUUGCAUACGCUAGAGCUUAUAAUGCCGAGCACCAGUUCCAGCUCUUGCAUCAAGCAGCACAAAUGAUGUCCGAAUCGCGGUUUUCUUUGCUCAUUGUCGACUCGAUCAUGUCGUUGUAUCGUACCGAUUAUUCUGGUCGUGGCGAAUUGUCGGCCAGACAGACCCACGUCGCCAAGUUCAUGCGCACUUUACAGCGUCUAGCGGACGAGUUCGGCAUUGCUGUGGUGAUUACCAAUCAGGUUGUCGCCCAAGUUGACGGUUCUGCUGCCAUGUUCAACCCUGAUCCAAAAAAACCGAUCGGCGGAAACAUCAUUGCUCAUAGUUCCACUACAAGGUUAUCUUUUAAAAAGGGUCGUGGAGAGCAAAGAAUCUGUAAGAUCUAUGACAGUCCGUGCUUACCCGAAAGCGAGUGUGUGUUCGCCAUCUACGAAGAUGGUAUAGGAGACCCAAAGCUUGAUGAAGAUGAGUCAUAA